AUGAUUAAAGGAACAUCAUUGCUUUUGACAAGAGUUGGCGAGAAAGAGGAUGGAUUAGAACUGCAAUGCAGAAUUUAUCCUCAUACGAUGGGUACAAUUAUAAACACCGAAUCGACGCCUCAAGUUUACAAAUUUAAAAUUGAUGUGCUUCCAACAGGUCAGUCCAGCUAUCCUUUUUAAGGAAGUACUAUGAUAAAAUUUUUCUUUUUUUUCUGCCGGUCCAUUUUGUAACGAAAAUCAAGCUAGUUAAUUUUAAAAGGUAGUUAAGAGUGUUGGCGUGUAUCUUGAGGCCUUCAUUCAUAUACCAGCUUGGGAAAUCUAUGCUAAUGACAAUCACCCCGUCCCCACCCCCUUUGCGCCAGUAUUGGCCCUUUGAAGCUCAGUCACUUGAUCCGUCUUAACCCAUUCGUCCCUGAACCGCCCGUAACCGCCCGUGCGGAUCCACGUCCUUUCUACCCUUUGUGACGUCAUCAGUUUUAACGGUCAAGGACAACUUUGUCCACUGACUUGUGCAGAGUGAAGAGAUCUUUCAAACCAUACCAGAAUGAGCACAAUUCAGUCAAGGACACCGGAGAAAGAGUAUGGUAUGGUAUGGUUUGAAAGAUCUCUUCACUCUGCACAAGUCAGCGGACAAAGUUGUCCUUGACCGUUAAAUCUGAUGACGUCACAAAGGGUAGAAAGGACGUGGAUCCGCACGGGCAGUUACGGGCGGUUCAAGGGCGAAUGGGUUAAUCAAAAAACCUAAAAAUGGCCUUUUCACCAACUUUUUCACCUGAUUUGACAUGAAAUAGACAGAUUUGGUUGUUUUAUCCUGAAAAGUAGAUUUUUUUUCAAAAAGUUUGGUACUUUGCUUUAUCAAAAAACCUAAAAAUGGCCUUUUACCAACUUUUUCACCUGAUUUGACAUGAAAUAGACAGAUUUGGUUGUUUUAUCCUGAAAAGUGGAUUUUUUUCAAAAAGUUUGGUACUUUACUUAAUGUUGUGUUCCGUAAAUUUGGCAUGAAAAAGGUCACGCGUGUCCCGGAGCUACAAAGUGCCGAUGAUAUUUGGCCAGUUGUGCUAAGUGUUCAACUCCUAUUUUUGUGCUCCUAUCCGAUGGAACCUAAUAAUCCUCAAUUUUUUGUGUUAAUUUGUAGGGUUCGUUACCAAGAGUUCAAAGAGGCCUCCAAGUACAAGACCCACACGAGAAACAAAAGGCUCAUCUUGGGUAUACAGUUCAAAACCUGCUACCGCAGGCCAAAACACAUUAGCUUUCGCUCGUUUUUUGAUCACUUUUGUCAUACUUCUUGUGGUUUCCUGAGAAAUAAUCUAAGAUUGGAAUUCUGCAAGCACGCAACGAAGGCGAAAUUACUAUUUUGUUUUGCCUCUUAUUGCGUAAUGUAUAUCUCUUACUAUCCGAGUUCGAGAUCCUUACUGUAAGUUACAGACCGGGAUUCAUCACGGUCACCGGUAAAAUGAAAGGCAGUCACUGGAUGAAGUUUGCUCUCACCUCUGUCCGCCUUACCUGCAUUCUGAAUGAAUGUCAAAACAGCCGUCGAAAGUUUAUGGCGGGAUUUCAGAGUGCGUGUUGUUUAGUUAAGGUGUUUGGUGAAAGGUUUGUUUUUGUUGCUGUCGAGAAACUUCUUUGUCCGUCGUAGUUGUAGUCUGUUUAAAUCCGUUUUGUAUCACUUUUUUACAAUACAAUACAAUACAAUACUUUUAUUAAUUCUCCCCGAGGGGCUUUUCAGAAUUAAUUUACAAUACGUAUAUAUAAUAUAACUAAAACUAAUGAUAUACAUGUUCUUGAUAUAUAAAUAACAACUUGAAAUUACUACUUCUAAUAAUAAUAACUAACAACGUAAUAAAAUACUAUGAUAUGUAUACCGGUAUCCUAUUUCUUCAUUAAUUCUGCCUUUGCAUGCUUUUUAAUGAUCUUAAUGAUCGGGCAGUUCUAGUGUUGUUACUGAGACUAUUUCACGCUUUUGCUACCCUAUAAAAGAAGCCACUCUGGGCAGCCGCUGUCCGGCAUCCUGGCAGGUUUAGAUCUUCACUGUUGCGGAGAUUGUAAGCGUUUUUGACUUUGACUUGAAAAAGUUCGAAUGUUUGUUAGGACUCGGGUUUUAAGUGUUAUUUACAAGGUUUCUUCUGGCAAUCAGUUAUUGAAUAAAAAGUUUUGCUAGUCGCUGCUUUCUCUGUUUUGGCUGGAAAAUGUUAAUGAAUACUAUCCGUUGCAUACCGCAGAAUAUUCAACGGCUUUCUUGCUCUGUAAUUGGCUGUAUUCUAUAUGGCAUCAAAUAAAUAGUAAGUGCACUUAUUAUAUGGCUGAGUCUGUUUUCGCCAUGCGAUUGGUCAAUUUUCGGUCCGUAACUUGCUGUACGGACCAAAAUUUCAAAGAAAAUGCUCAUUUCGGAGCUCUAAAUCUCUUUACCUUCGGAAAAAAGGUUGAAAUAAAGUUACAAGACGUCUAUCAACCUUGAGGACUUGGAUUUUGACUUUGUCCUUCAACAUUUUAAAUUGUGUUUAUUUGCGAACGAAGGCGAUGAAGAAACUAACACGUAAUCUUAUCGAAGCGGAUUCUAGUCAGUGUUUGAAAAUUUUAUCGUAGUACACAGUUAAGAAGUCGAAAAUCGAUUGGCAGAGAUUCGAGAUGUUUUGCCUAAGAGAAAAUGAGUAAUUCCUUCGACAAAUAUGAUAACAAACAUGCCUGCACCCGAUCAUCUUAACGAGCUUCUUUGCCAUUUGCAGUGUUUUUCCAAAGACCAACGAAAGAAAGAUAGAAGCGACUUCGAGCCAGACACAAUGUCCAGUUUUCAAAAGACCGCAGCGUCACAUUGGCGAGUGAAUACUUACAGUGCUCUUAGUUUUGACCGAAUAUACCCAAAAAUAUGUCUGUAAACCCUGAGAACUGGGAUGUUGACUUUGCCUUUCCAGAUUUUAACCUAGCUUGGUUUGAAUGAGAACGACGCUGAUGUAGAAACUGAAUCGUGACCGUUUCGUGGAAGAAAAUAUGGUCAGUGUGUGAAACACGCAGAUCACAAUUGAAGACGAGAAUGAACUGGCAGAAAUUCGAGAGGUUUUCCCAGAUGGAAACGACUUCGAGAAAGACACAGUGCCCGAUUUUCCAAAAUACUCCAACGUUACAUUAAGGAGCUAAAACUUACAGUGCUCUUAGUUUUGACCAAAUAAACCUUUUCAACAUGGCGAAUUUGUUUUCACUUUCUCGGAAACCCUUUGUUGUGUGCUAUUGUUUUCUUGAGCCAAUAAAAACUUUCUUUCUUGACGCCUGUCAAAUGAUUGUCAAAUCGCUCGUCCUGCACAUGUUUCCGGUCCCCCAAACUGGAAGAAGCCAUAUAAUAAACAUCUUAUUAGCCUCGUUUUUUCGGUCCGUACUGUAAAUUACGGAUCCUCGUUUUUUUCCAUCGAUUUAUGGCCCAAGCGCGAAGCGCUUGGGCCAUAAAUCGAUGGAAAAAAACGAGGAUCCGUAAUUUACAGUACGGACCGAAAACUCGGCUAAUAGAGUACUAAAGUGAUGACGUCAUAAAAAUGAAAUUUCUGAAAUUAUGGGAUUUGUCAGGAUAUUCUGAAAGAACAAUGUCCAAGAGGCUUACUUGCCAAAAAUGAGCAUUUCGCGGUAAAUUGUCUCUGAGAUCGUAGCCCAGUUAUACUCAGAAAACUCCAUACAAACCCUUCUAUUUUUUUUUGGGUCGACCCCAAAAAAAUUUAGAAGGGUUUGUAUGGAGUUUUGUAAGCAUAACUGGGCUACGAUCUCAGAGACAAUUUGCCCCCAAAUGCUCAUUUUUGGCAAGUAGGCCUCUUGGACAUUGUUCUUUCAGGAAAUCCUGACAAAUCCCAUAAUUUCAGAAAUUUCAUUUUUACGACGUCACACUUUAGUACUCUUAUUUAUUAGGUUCGCCAAAUCCCGAUAUAAAAAGACAAUUAAGUUGAAACUGCCCAAGAUAUAAUCCACCAGUCAGUAGAAAACCAUAUAGUGUUGUGUCAAACGUGAACUAGUAGUGCUCAGCAUAGCCCUUAAUCCCUAGCAAACUUUUAUUAUGCCACAUUGUACAAUGAUGACAAUGAUUUCUUGACUUUGUCCCAAUUAACUUACAAGAAUCCGUGUUUUAAAAGACUUUGUAUAAUGAUUAGAUCAUAUGUUGGAAAUAAACGUGUAACGUCUGUGUCUAACACAUUUAUUAGUGUAUAAAUUACGUGAAUGCUUUGACCUUGCAACAAAACCUUGGUACUUAAAUGAAUAUUUCAGUUAAAGCUUGGCUCUGACGAUGAUAUGGACUGGGUGCUGCUUUUAGUCUGUACUCUCCUGUAACCCCCGGGGGUACUCCCCUUUAAAAGUGACGAGGGUGCUCGUCGUACCUUUUUGAGGUUUAAAUUGCUGGAUUGGUACCGUUAAGGGUGCUUUAAAACAAACGCCAGUUCUUUUUCAGUAUUAUACUCGUCGUGUGAAAUAAAGGAUAGUGAUGGAGCAUUCAAUGUUUAUAGAAUGCAGAAAAACUGCCUCUUGGGGGUGGAAAUGAAUUUGGGACACACCCAUAAAACAAGAUUCUGAUACCUCAGUAGAUGUGUUCUCGAAAUUUUCCGACGAGCACUCCGUCACUUUUAUAGGUGAGUACCCCUCCCCCUCGGGCUGUAACCUGUCCGGCUAGUUUUGGAACUGCCGGCAUAGUUCACAGCGUCAUUAAGGCACGCAAGCUCCCCCACCACGACGAGGUAACAGUACUCAUGCUGCUCGUUUUUUAAACAAGUUGAUAAGUAAGUCGAUUGAUUGAAAAGCUUUUGCUGUACGAAUGACGCUCGAUUGACAUUUGUAUAGCCCUUGCUUGAUUAAAAACCUUUGCCGCAUAAGUGGGGCUCGAUUUCUAACGCCGAAGUUUGACAUAAUAAACGCUCCACACUUGCGAUCCAAUCUUCUCGAUUGUGCCUACGUUCGUAUUCUCUGAUAUUACUCUCUCUCAUAUUACCACAGGGCCCGCGCUGGGGAAGGGGCCUUGGGGGGGGGGGGGGGGGGGGGGCCCCCCUUCUAACGCCAAAGUUUGCACUAAAAAACCUCCCCCACUUGGCACCCAAUCUCCUCGGUUUGCCCUACGUUCUUUUUUUCUGAUUUUCCCUCCUCCCAUUUUCCCCCGGGGCCCGCGGGGGGGAGGGGGGCUGGGGGGGGGGGGGGGUGGUAGGGCCCCCCUACUUUUUGAAAAAUAAAUAAAUAAAAUUAAGUACAGUGGAACCUCGAUACAACGUAAGGCCUAAGGACUGGCAAAAAAUGUUCGUCAUAACAAGGUUCGUUAACUUUGUCAUAUUGCCUUAUUUUUUACUAUUAGUGGAGUAAAAAAAAAAUUAGUUCGUUAGACCGAGGACUUCGUUAUGGAGGUUCCACUGUAAUAUAAAUUUUCAUAUAAAUAGUAUCUUUGUUGGAAUAAGAUUCUUCAAGCAUCUAAAUUUAUUGUCGGCCCGUUUCGAUCCCAUCAGUCUGGUGCGCAAGCUUCAAAACGCCUGUCUUUACAAAACUGCACUUAGUCUUAGACUUCUGCGUUCUCAAACCAUCAAGGCUAUGUAGCAUUUGCAACGAUGCGGAAUAGAGUCUUCUUUGUGAAGGUUCUCGAUUAAAUCUGAAGAUUACUCCACGAGCUACAGUUUCUCAAAACUAAUUAAAUCGACUGAUGAUAUGGUCUCUGACGCAUUUCGAUGACACACUAGACAAAUUGAAGGGGUUACAGUAACCUACAGUGUAAUAUCAUGAUCUGCAAACUUCUACUGGUGGACCCCGCACGUGCAAUCAGGCUCAGCAGGAGAAGGGUACUUUUCCGCGGCUUGAAAUUUAUAAACAUGACUCCGCUCAACAAUGAAUCAAGAAAGGUUCAGUAAUCUGACAGUUCUAAACAGCUCCAAAGAGAGAACAGCCAAAUUUGCACCCCACCCCAACUUCAAAAGAGGUGGUCAUCGGCCCCCGCACUCUAAAAACUGCUCCGCGGGUCCUGUACUAGUGUGUACAGGCGUAGACACUGAGUUGAAAAUGUGUCUUUCGCCUUAAUGCUGCUUUCUUAUAUUUGACAAUCACUACGACAAUGGGAGCGACGGGUCGGAAGAGUUAGGAGAGAUUUUUUUAGUGUAGUCUUUAUUCGCCUUGUAGGUAAUGUAUGGGCUCCCGUUUUGGCUUGUUUAAAUAAAUUCACAUUGAUUUGCAUUUAAAUGUCUUCGUAUCCGCAAAAGGCACGCGCCGUUUUGCAAGUUUUAUUUUCAAUUGCUUUGUGAUUACUAGAUGAAUAAUCCUAAUAAAGCCAGGGGAGUUAUUCGUAUGCCAAAAACCUAAUACGUUAAUUUCUCUUUUCAAUUGUACAAAUGCUUCUUCUGGCUUCAAGAAGAAAUCUGACUUUUCCGAGUUUUUACUUAGGGCCUGUUUACAUGGAGUGGGGGACCCCGGUCUAGUGGGGUUAGUUUCUUUUGUUUUCACGCUCUGGGGGACACACAAAAAAAGAAACUUACGCCACUCCAUGUAAACAGGGUCUUAGAUUAAUCUUUCAUUUAUUAGUUUAUUUCACAGCCGUGACCGGCAUCGAUUCAUGCUAACGUCUUUCUAAAAGGUGUACAUCGUUUUUAACUGCAAUUUGCCUACCUUUGACAAGUAUUUAUCUGUGCCGACACAGAACCAUGGUUUGCGUGAAAAGUUUUGCUGACUUGAAAAUGCGAAAUAUGUUCGAUUUAUUUAGAGCCGCCAGCUGAAUUUCCAGUCCUGACUAUUCAUGCUGUAAUUUAUGUAGCGAAACAGCUCACUUGCUGACUUCAGUUGGUAAACUUUGUUCGUAUAUUGGUUAAGCAAUCAGCACUUUUCCUUUAUCUAAUAAAAUUAGUAACCCUAAAAAUAGACCUCGGGCUAAAAGUUUGAUUUUCUAAUUAAAUUUCGUGAACUGUUUAUGUUCCUGUUUACAUUUCUAUUCUUGGUUUGCACGUGACGUCACUAAAAAUCAAACUAAGAAACUAUCGAUUCUUCUGAGUUUCUACUUUCACGAGGUAAACACUUCUGUAUAAACAAAUUUUUGGUUCCAAAGGGUACUUCGAUUUGCGAAAGAGGACGCUUGAAGUCAGGCUUUUGCGUGACGCGGCAUUUAGCUGACGGCCAGGAGAGCUCUUAUGUAGGCUAAAAACAUGACCGAUUUUGGAAGAUUUUGCUAUCUAAACAUUCCUUGUCUCAGAAUAAAUAUUUCUUUAAUCUUUAUGGGUUCCUCAUGCGAAGAAUUCACGCAUUAGUAGAAAAACUCAAAAACAGAUGUUUCUGCAUGUUGGUAUCCGGCGGCCAUAUUGGUGUCCCUGAAAGGGACUCCAACAUGGCGUUUCCAUACAAAGCUUUAUAAAUUUAGGUAAAUCGUUUUUCAAAAUAUCUCGCAUUUGAAAUAUUGCCACAGACCUGAUUUUUGGCAAGACGUUUUGUAUAUUUAUCUUCUUUCAUUUCCCAGAUUCUAGACGUUCUGUAUUGAAUGGUUUGCAUUUUUAUUUUUCAUUGCGUGACAGUGCAAACCGGGAAUUGUACUAUUUGGUUUUCAAUGAUUGUACAAAUCAGAAGUGCAAAUCGGUUCUUUCCUGUAGCUGCCAUUUAAUUUACCUUUCCCAUUUCCGAAAUCCAGAGUUCAAGCGUCGAGAUUUAGUUCUUAUCAAAAUCGUUCAAAAAGUGACGAACCUGUCCGUUACAAAACUCAGUCUUGCGAGAAUGUGUCACAUUUACUGACGCUUUGAUUAUGGCACGAUCACGUGCAUAUUUACAUUGCAGUACAACUGAUCAGCCAGUAGAAAGAGCGAACCUUUGAAGAGGGAAAUUUCCCUUUCUAAAAUUGUCAGCUGAGAAGCACCUUGCUUACGCUGGCUCACUGAGGCCGGUAGUAACUCCUCAUUGAGUCAGUUCUGUUAAAACUUGACGCAAAGUAUGAAAGUAUUGACAGGGGUCGUUACCCCGCAUGUUUCAAGACAUUUCACGAGCUUGCACAGUUUUGAGUGAGUGUUAUCAUAUUUUAAUUGUUCUGUGUGUUUUUUGAAGAAGGUGACUUCUUCUAGAAAACGUUUUUGGUCACAGUGAUAGUAGUCUGCUAUACAGCCGUUGUUAGAGUCGUCACGCAACGCGUGUAGCGGACUACAGUGAUAGAUACAAUAGCAUAAUAUUCAUAUUGUUUGUCUCUGUAGUGUAGAUCGCAACGUUUCGACUGCUUGAGCCGAUUUUUUUACAAGAGACGACUUGUAACGAAGAUUUUUAGGGCCAAAGAGUUGAUAUAAUGCAUGUAGUAACAAUUGAAACACUGUUUGAAAGUUGCAUCGCGCCCGUCUGUCCUUUUUUUGAAAAAAAACAAAACAAAACAAAACAAAAAAAAACAUUGGACACUUUUUGAUAUUUUUACGGAAUAUCACCUCAUCAGCCCUUUUAAAAGACUGUCGAAAACAUUCCCGGGUUAAGGAAUGAGCUGACUUUGAAGUUUGAGUAUAAUAGAAUAAUACUCGUUUGAUACUUUACAGCCCUAAUUUUUUUUUACUUAGGUAUACUUCUUGGUCAGCUACGGGCAGGCGUUUUGAAUAAUGAUUGUAAUACCCGAUCAUGAUAAAUGUUUGCUGUAAAUGUGUAUGAUAUUCAAAGCUGCGUUUUCUGCGAUGACAACAUUUUUUUUUCGUACCUUGAACCUUUAAGAAUCAACCUGGCAGCCUUAUGGUACACAUGUUGGAAAAAAGAAAAAAAUCUUUCAUGUCAGGAGCUGUUCAUGUUCAGUGGUUGACUACGUUUCUAGAAAUCGCCAGAGUUUCUCUGAAGUUCAUUUCCAGUAAUCGCCGUACAAUUCUUGGAAUCGUGAGUUUUUUCCAGAAAUAGACGCCUAUUUCUUAGAAUGCCUACAGACUUCCAUUUUCAAACUCUGUUCAAAACUCGCAUAUUUCAAUAAAGGUCAUGCCAAGAGACAUGAUCGUAAAAUCGAGUCCACGCAAUUGUGUUGAAUGGUCAAUCAUUCGAAAUUGUCUUGAGUGUCUUUUUUUGUGGUUUACAAAUGAAGAAAUCAGUCUCAGUGAAAUAUAGCCCGCGGGCGGGGAAACGAAAAUUAGUGCAUGGGAGCAAGAAAUCCGGUUCGGGGCGCGCGGGGGAGACUUGUUUGGCGUAUAACAUUCUGUUUAGAAACUAGAGAGGAAGGUUCGUGACAGCGUGUUAAAAUGUUAUAGGGUAUUUGUUUCAUAAGUAGUGGCCCUUGUUUCGGAUAGAUUACUAUUCACGGUAUUUUUCUCCCAAACAGAGAGCCUGUUCACAGGCUAUUCACGGACAGUGGCAUUUAAUGAUACUUGAAUAUUUUAAGUGUGGAUAUCUUUUUGAUCAAAGCUUGAGCAAAAUGAAAACAAAUAAACCCUACAUUUCUAGAAACGUUCAAACAUCAGGCCUGCUUCAAAUUCCAAAACAAGCGACGCCAGGUUAAAGUUGAUUUCCACUUGUUAUCAGUCAAAAACCCACUGGCCAACUGAUAGAUUAAACGAUUUUCAAGUUUCAAUAACGGACAGUUUUAUCUAUUUUUGAUAACAUUUUAAAACUGAACGCCUUCUUAAGAAAAAAAAAAAAACAAAAAACAAAAAACAAAAAAUACCCAAAUUUAUUUUACAAACCUAGCUCGAAAAAAAAGCCCAUUGGCUUUUGUCUUAGGCCAGGUGCAAUUAAAAAAGGCGACAAUGAUGAAUGCUUGCUCCACUGAAAGGAACGCAAAAAAGUCCUUUUGUUUCCUUCAGAAUGUGCUGUAAAAGCAAGUUUAAGCCACUCGCGAAAUAAUGAUUACCUUUUAAUUUGUGUGUUGCCUAAGUAUGCCGUAGCCGCGUAUCCGGUUUUGUUUCUAAAUAUACCUGCCUUCAGUGUGUUUUAAAAACGUGCACAAUUUUAAAACGAAUUCCACCAAUGAGAGCCAAAGGGAAAUUUCCCUUCUCUGACUUUAUGCUCAUGAUAAAUCAGCUGGAGAUAGCAAUCUCGUUGAACUUCGACGAAGACAGUGUCCGGUUAAUUCGACUUUACACAAUGUCCUCCCCUCGCAGAAGCUUCAAACCAACGUUGAUAAAUCACAUAUUUUACUUGUUAUGGUUCCCCAUUGGUAAGUGUAUGUAUUUUCUAGUGUCCGGUUAAUUCGACUUUACACAAUGUCCUCCCCUCGCAGAAGCUUCAAACCAACGUUGAUAAAUCACAUAUUUUACUUGUUAUGGUUCCCCAUUGGUAAGUGUAUGUAUUUUGUUAUUUUUGAGCGUUUGAAAGGUUCAAUGUCACCAAACAAUCUAUAACAGACUCAUAACACCCCACAACUGAAAAUCAGUUCAGUAAUACUGUAUUUUAAUUAUUUACCGUCGCAGUUCAUCAGAUAGUUUUAGUGUCUAAUUUUAUUUCAUAAUUUUUAUUAAUUCGCAAUGCUACAGUCUAGAAUUCGCCCUUUUCUCGGCAAUAAAGGCUGGUUGGCUUUCGUUCAUGCUAUUUUAAAGUUCGUGCAUCUAAGUUUUGAAAACCUUAAACGUAAACAGACUUUUCGACAAAGCUGACACUCCUGAUGAGCUUACUGCAAUGUUAUUGAUCAGAAAACAGCUUACUAAUUUGAUUCAUUCACUUGAGAUACUUAACAAAGCACACUGGUACUGUGCCAGUGCUAUUACAAGCGACACUAUGUUCAAAAAGGACACAGUUAAACAACGAUAUUUUAAUACUCCCCUGAUGGUGUGUUUACAAUAAAGAAUAAUAAGGACAAUGUACGUUAUUUUUGAUGACGUAGCAGUGUGCCCCCAAAUUUUAUAGGUACAUUUUAAAUCUCCCCCCCCCCCCUCAAAGCAAAACUUUUCUACACAGUUUCUCUGCUCAUAAUGAAUUAGAGCGAAUUUCACAAGGUACCCAGACUAAGCCCCUGAUGUUAGUGGUGUGCUAACUCUGCAUUUAUUUCACAUUUCUUAGUGUUUUUGUUAGGUUUAGCCGAACGUUCUUCACUUGCUCCGUGAUGACAACCGGACUAUUGUCCGAAAAUAAAGCAUUCAUUUGAUAUUUCCUUUGUCUUUUUAUCAUGUUUUUAAAGGUUUUUCACUUGUUUAGAGAUGACAACCGUUGAAGUCGUUGAAAAAUAAAACUUCAUAUUUUUCCCGGCGGUCUUGUGAUAUAACGCUUACUUAUGCGCAUUUGUCAAGCACCUUUCCUAUGACGUCACUUGGUCGAAAAUUCUGAGGUGAAACCAAGUUCGCGACUUCAUCUGACUCGUCAUAGAGAGUAAAUGUUUUGGACGUGACCUUUUUUUUAUCUGUGAGGUGCUCUACACUUUACCUAUUAGGAAGUUUUCAAGAGUUUUCAUUUUUAACGUUACCGCGCCUCAAGACCCCCAAACACGAACCCGCGUGGCGGCAAAUUUAAAUGAAAAGAAGUAAAGAAAAGAUGUAGGCUACUUCUAGCAAAGGCCGUAUUAAGAAAGCAUAGAAAACCUAGAUAGCGGCUGCUAGAAUUAUAGCCCGGGUGUUCGAGUCUGUUCCACAUCUACAGAGGGUCAUUUCCUCCCUCUGCUCAAUUUAUUAGACAACCUAGGUUACAGCAUCAGUUAAAUAUCUCAAAAGCAAUUUCUAGUCUCAAUAAUAACUGACGAUGAAGAGGAAACUCACAACCGUGACGGAGUUUGUGUGCCGCACAUCCAGCAAUUCAGAAGCUGCUGAACCGUUACAGUCCCUGGUUCGCUGUCUCUAGUAUUUACGAAUUAGACGAUACCCCUGAAUACAAAUUCGACUUUAACAAUUCGGCUUAGCUGCAAUUGUGGUUUCAAAUUAACCACACGAUGGAAGGCGUUACUCUUACAAACCUGGGAUCAAAUUCACAAAUAAAGCCAAGAAAAGUGUUCAAAAGCACUACAUUAUACAAUAAUAGACCCAUUGCCUGCCAAAAUGAUAAGUAUUAUGGGAGCAGACUGUUUUUAAAACAACGUUGAUCAUGCCGGCUUUGUUUCCUCAGUAGCACAAGUCAAACAUGUUUAGCAACGAUGACUCUGCAAUCCUAAAAGUUUCUCCAAAUGUUUUUGACAAAUAGACAAAAAUAAUGCAAUAGAUCGUUUUCACUGUCACGCAACGAAAAAAUAAAUUGGAAACCGUCCAGUGGAAGUGGCCAAGAAAAUGAAGGUUAUAAAAGACUAAUAUAUAAACAAUUUGUCCAAAUCUCAGGUCUUGGUGGCCGACAGUUUCUGAGUUAUUUGCCGAAACGUUUCACGCACCUUUGUAGAGCUUUGUAUGGAGACGCCAUAUUGGUGCACCGUUUUGGUGCACCAGUAUGGCCGCCGGAAAUCAACAAAUACAUCUGAAGUUCGCUAUUUCUAUAAAAGCUCUUUCUUUUCACUUGAGAACUAGCAUACGUGCCCAUAAACAUAUCUUCAAAUACUUGUAAUGGUUAUACUUGUUCAUGGUUAUUAUCUUGCUCAGUAUUAAUCAUCGCCACACCGACUCUCAAAUGUUAUAUUUUUUUAUGUGUGUGUGUAUGUCCUUUUCUUUUUUCCUCUCUUUUGUAUAUUUUUCAUAGUUUAUAGGGUUUAUACUUUUCUCUUUUUUUCUCUUUUAACCUAAAUAAAACUGUAAUUUAAUCAAAGAACAAGUAAUUAGUUUAACUAUAUCCUGCCCUCUCCAUUUAUUCUUGUAGCCUGAUAUUUAAUUCUGCAAAUAGCAUCUUCAUCUUCAAGUCUUGUAAUACAAUAUAAAUGGCUUAUAAAAUAAAUAAAUGGAGAGAAAAAAAUAAACAAAAUAAACAAAUAAAUGGUUAUACUGCUGAAAAUCAAGAGGAGAGACUUUUUUUCAACGAGACAGCAUUCCUAUUUUGGUGUCACGCACCGUGAAAACUGUGAAGUUUAAAUUGCUGUAUUUUGGAAAUGAAACAUGCUACGGGAAUGGACACUUGUAAAAAGAUUUACUUUUUGUUUAUCUAUAACCUAGUGUAAAUAAGUAUUCGUAAAACCCCGCUAUUUUGACUUUACAAUUUGGUGACGUUACUGUGAAAACCAUCUAUAUUAGAUACAACAAACAAGAAACCAAGGAAGAGGAAAUAAUGUUUUCCGGAGAGAAAUUCUUACAAUACAGUUGUGUACUAAUUGACGGGUUUGGCUUGAGAAAUCACCCAGGAAAGCUGUGCAGUAUUUUAUUCGUUGUUUUUUCCCCUGACUUUUUUCAGUCAGCAACGUCAGCACACAAGAGAAAAUGAGGUAAUUCUCUCGGAGCACGUUAUAAAACAAAGCCUUACCAGACUGGAAGCUCAGUUUCCUUUGGCUAGUCGUCAGUACGACCGCUCUUUAAAGUUUAUCACGGAUCUAUUGUCGCAAAUCCUUGUCAUCUGGACCCAAGAAAGUUUUGCUGACUUGGCAAAACCAUAACAAAAUAGAUCAAAUUUUGUCAUCGUGCAUCGAGCCUGGAUUCUAUUGAUGGUGCAUAGAUCGUGCCUUUAUCGAGCCUUAGCUUGACGGUGCCUUUAUCGUACAUCAGAUCGUGACUUUAUCGUGCGUAUGUUGAGCCUAUCGUCGUGCCUUCAUGGAGCCUUUAUCGUGCGCGAAAAGCAAGCGCGGAAAAAAAGUUGAGGCAAAUUCAGCUUAUCUCCUCUCUUGCAAGUCAAAAAUGCGCCGGUAUACAAAUGAAAAGUAGAAGUUGAAAAAAUACUCAGAGUCAAUUUAUCUUUGGCCUAGUUUUACUGACUACACUAUUCAGAGAGUUUCAUUCAGCCGAGGUUUACUAACUUUCUGAAUUUUUUUAUUUUUAUUUUUAGUGACCAGAGUUGACACCUCAUUGGAAAUAUGCUCUGAGGAGGAAAUCGAAUUCUAUUGUCCAUCACGUGACCAGGCUAUUAAGAGUAAUCAGUACCAGAGUCUUCUAUGGUCUGUGUUUGACCCAAUGAACCCAUCAGCUAAAAGGGAGAAUAUAUUUUAUUGUGGUCAAAACCCUGUGAACUGUCACACUUAUAAAUUGAGCAGUUAUGAUGGACGAAUCUCUGUCAGAAGUCCUGUUCCAGGGAAACUGUUUCUGAAACACUUGACCAAGAAUGAUUUGCUGACUUACACCUGCCAAAUACAACUUAAAGAUAUCAACCUGGACCGACUUGUUUAUAGAGUGAACAUUUCCUCUUCAGUUUAUUGUAAGUUUUUAGUGAUUUCUUUUUCUUUUUCACUGUGUGUCCCCCCUCCAAUACGUAUGGCAAACAAAAUUAAAUAAUAUAUUUUUUGUUCUGAUGGGGAAAUCAAUCCAUUCAACCAAUUUAAUCAUAACCCGACAAGGGAUUUUUAAUUCAAUGCGCAGUAUUAAUAUAAUUCUCUCGUCAUACUCACUGUGGUUUCCGGCUGCUUAAUUCAAUUUACACUUGUUUUUUUUUUCUAGGUCUGACGGCGCGUAUUGGUAAAAACCUUAGUUUGACCCCGCAAGAAUUUGCAGAAAAACGAUUGUCGAAAACAUUAUUCGAUGAAGAUAUCUGGUGGUCCAUGAUUGAAGACAAUGGAAAGAAGUGUACAUUCCUCUACUGUAAUGCCACAUCAUACUGUACUUUUUCAAACGAUCCUUGCUAUCAAUCCCGACCGCAGUUCUCCAAAAGACUUGAGCUCAAGGGAUUGUCAUUAAUUUUGACCGACGUCCGGCAGGGAGAUCGUGGGUUAGUAUUUCAACGGCGAAUUCACCCUAACAGUUUGAUGAAAAGAAGAGACAAGCCAUGGCAUGAAUUAUAUACGGUGAAGAUUCAAAAUGUUUUACCGUCAGGUUAGUGGUAUUUGUCUGUUUACUAUGCACUUCUCGAUAAACCAUUACCCAGAGGUAAUUCUCCAGCGGGCAGGUUUGAGCAUAAUGCGGGUUAGUGGGGACGGUAGGGGCAACGGAAGGUUAGAUGAAUUACUUAUGGAGCAGCCACUGGCCAAUUUACUCUCAGUAACUUGUCGAAUUCCCGUGAUCACCCGCGAGCCUGACCCGAGACCACGAGGUCAGCAAGAAUAAAAUGUUGUUUUUGUGUUACGAGAACCUCCACGAAGAAUUGCGUUUAUCGGAAUAAUCAAAAUGGUCCUUCGAGCUGGAUUUAAACUGUGUAGCCAGCUUUAGGAUGAAUGAAGAUAAAAAGGUGCACUUCUUGAUACAACCGCUCCAGUUUAUGUGUAGGUAUUUGCCGCAGAGUAGCCCAGGAUAGGGCGCUGAUUUAGGGAUUUUUAACACCUACUGAAUGAGGCUUGGUAUGAUUUGUAGACAUAACGCAAAUUGCGAAGAAAGAACGGCCUCAGUGAAUAACAUCCCCCGAGAUCAGCAUAACUCUUCACAUCAUACAGAGCUGAAUUUAAUAAUUAUGUUGUUAUUCAUUCAAAAUAUUUCUAAGUUUUUAACAAGCUUACCUCAUCGCGGACUUUCUUCAAAACUUUGGGCUAUUUCUCGGCACGGUUUCAGGAUUAAACAGAUUUUCUUCAGUGGAAGAUACUCUUCUAUCGAGCAAUAUGUUUUGCGUAUUCUCGCAUUUCGUCUGUUGAGUUUUAGCCAGAAAUUGGGUCAGCCAUUUCGCUUUCGGAUAGCCUUGAACGCUAUUUUUUCUAGUUCCCUCUUGAACAAACAACUAGGCGACCGCGCCUAAAAUCGUGGUUGAUGGAUGGUAUGUAUGGUAUGUUGCCAAGGGAGCCUUAUUUCCAAUCAAUACAAUGGAAUAGAUGGUAUAUUGCUUGGCUCGCAUUUUCCAAAUUUGGUCAACUGCAGUUGGUUAUGAAGAUUAUUAGCCGGGGGCUUUGAGCCAAUCAGAACGGUGAAAUAUUUUGAAUGAAUUUUAAAAAGAAACUAUCUUGCAUAAUAGUCACAUAUCUAAAAAUAACAAUAAGGAUCCUAAGUGUAUUCUAGAAGCGAAAUUAACAGAAAAAUAGAGACUUGGAAAUGAGAAUAAGAUUUUCGACCUCUGAUCUAAAAGAUGGUUUCAAAAAUAAAGCCGAAAAGGUACGCUAGACUAUGAAUAUUGGGACGAAGUGACCCUUUGGUGCACCUAAGUCUAAAUGAGAUUUUUACACUUACUUUUUCAGAUUUAGAUCCCAGCACCACUAACUCGCAAAGUACUCCUACAGAUGAUAGCAGUACAACAUAUACACCGACACCCUCAACUAGUUGUUGCCAAGUCUCCUGCUCUACUUUCACUGUAUUGGCUUGUUUUUUGA